AUGGAUGGUAUCGCUAAGAAGCCACAGGAAGACAUCCUCCGGCGCCCGCUUUACAUCUACGACCUUCCGGAGGAGGUCCUGAACACCCUCACCUUCAAGGCUGACACAGAGAACCAGGAGCAGCAAGAUUUCGAGACAUCAUCACCACCCCAAAUUCCGAGUGAACGAUCGCCGACGCCCACAGUCCCAGCCGCAGUUGGCGCACAAGCUUGCUCACUAUGCGGCUUGACCUUUGCGACAGUGCUUGACCAGAGGGGCCACCAGAAGUCAGAUUUGCACCAUUACAACCUGAAGCAGAAGCUACGUGGCCACAAACCAGUCACGGAGGCCGACUUCGAGAAGCUGAUCGGUGACCUGGACGAGAGCCUGUCCGGGUCGGACUCGGAUGAGUCAGAGGAUGACGAGGACGGGGACAAGAACGAUUCGACACUGACGGCGCUCUUGAAGAAGCAGGCGACGCUGGCAGACAAGGGCAAGGACGGCGGCGGCGGCGAGGAAGAAUGGGGCCGCGGCAAGAAGAGAGGGACAGGAAAGCCGCCGAUGAUGUGGUUCGGCUCGCCAGUCCUGCCGGCGAACAACUACUUUGGUAUCUACAGAGUACUUUUCACGAACGAGGAACUGGCCAAGGAGGAUCAGAUCUUGGAGACGCUCAGGAAACGGCAACUUCCUCCACUUGCUCUCCCGAAAGUGGCAAAGGACGGAUCUCUGCCUCCCAUCGCUUACACGGGGCCACAUAUUUUCCUCUGCAUGAUCGGAGGUGGUCACUUCGCUGCCAUGGUGGUGUCCCUCGCACCGCGGCAGACCAAGAAUGGGCCUGGACCCAUGAACCGCGAGGCUACGGUCCUGGCGCACAAGACUUUCCACAGGUAUACGACACGGCGGAAACAAGGUGGCUCUCAAUCAGCCAACGACAAUGCCAAGGGCAACGCUCACUCUGCUGGUUCGAGCCUACGCAGAUAUAACGAGCAGGCACUGGUGGAUGAUGUUCGACAGCUCCUCAGCGACUGGAAAGGGCUCCUGGACACGUCAGAUCUGUUGUUCAUCCGAGCAACAGGCAUGACGAACCGCCGGACGUUAUUCGGCCCGUACGAGGGACAGGUGCUACGGGCGAAUGAUCCUCGAAUACGUGGAUAUCCCUUCAGCACCAGGAGAGCUACACAAAAUGAACUGAUGCGCUCUUUUAUCGAGCUCACCAGGCUCAAGGUCAAGGAAAUCGCACCGGUCGAUCCUAACGCCGCGCCAGAAGCAGCUACGAGACAGCAAGCCACGACGAGCAAGCCGGCCAAGCCUGCACCGCCAAAGCUUACCGAGGAGGAAGAGACGGCACUUUUACACACACAGCAGCUGCAAGCACUCAUCCGUCGCUCAAAGCUCCCGGCGCUCCUUUCCUAUCUCAAGACGAAUGGCCUCACACCGGCCUUUUGUUUCCAGCCUGCCGACGCGAACCACCACGCACCAACACCUCUCCACCUCGCUGCCGCACAGAACUCGGCGCCUCUUGUUGUAGGCCUCUUGACGCGUGGAGGAGCCGACCCUACGCUACCGAAUAAGGAUGGCAAGAUGGCAUUUGAGCUCGCGGGCGAACGAGGGACCCGAGAUGCGUUUCGCGUUGCCAGACACGAGCUGGGCGAGGAGGCCUGGGACUGGGACGCGGCCAGGGUGCCGGCAGCGAUGAAGAGGGAAGAUGUCGAGAAACGGGAGGAGAGGGAGCGGAAAGACGCAGAUAGGAAGGAGGCCGAGCGGAGGAAGGCGGAAGAGGAGCGGUUGAGGCACGAGGGCCCCAAGGUCAGUGACAUCGGCAAGAGGAAAGGCGGCAGUGUCUUGGGAGCCGGCGCGGACAAGAGUGCAGAGGAGAAGAGGCAGGAGGAGGUACGCGGGUUGACGCCGGAGCAGAAGAUGAGGCUUGAGCGAGAGAGGCGAGCACGUGCGGCGGAGGAGAGACUACGGAGGAUGCAAGGCGGUGGUGGAACUUGA